CUUUCACCAAUGCGUAAUGACGUUUCCGCUGCCGCGCGCAUGCGCAGUUUCAUUUCGUCCAGAGCUCCUCACGGUUCACAUCGAAGAUGGCGGCAGGCUUCGACCUGCUGGUGGAGGAUUCUCUAAUUAAAAGAGUGGGCAAGAAACUUUUUAGCGAUAUUGCAGGUUGUGCCAGAAACGAGCGCAGCACAUUUUAUUACAUUAACUCCGAGAGAAGAGCACGGGCAGUUGUAAAGAACAAUGCUAACUACGGGAUAGGAGGGAAUGCAACUAGCUAACGUUAACAUUUGUGAGCAAAGAGGCUAUUGGCUACGAGACUUGUUUUUAAAGCAGGUAAUCUCGCAGUGUGUUAAACUGCACUACAUGUUCAAAAUAUUUCUUCACCACAAGAGUUAAAGCGAUAAGGGCGCUCGAUAGAGUCUGGUUUACAUCGUGACCCGCGCUCCCCUCACUCUUCACACGUUUGUUUCCUACUUCGCAGACGUACAGGAGGGAAAGGGGACGCUUUCUGAGCCCCGGCUGUUAGCUGUGGAUGCGAAUUAAAACACGGAUUACUCCAGCCGCUUCGCUACAGACUUCAGCGGAGCACGGUUAACGCGAUCCGGUGUCUCCAAAUGCUAUGGUAACUACUUUGCCUGGCCACGAAGUCAAGCUCGGGACGUCAACAGUACAAACUUUGGACGGAGGCGAUGCGAUGGAUCCGCGUUCAGAAAGCACGCCAGCGUCGAGCGGCUCAUCGAGCGAUCCAGCCGCUUCAGCUACCGUUAGCGUUACCGUGCCGGUGGUCAACAACGGGCCCGGAAUAGCGAAAGGACUUGUGACUGCACCUUCUACUUCAAACACGGUGAUCCAGGCGUCUUUCGUGAGCGCGCCGAGCGUGAACGUGUCUAGCGCGCCAGGCGGAACCGCCUCCGCCUCCGCCACCAUCAGGCCAUCUAUGCAAGCCGCGACUUUAACCAUUAACGGGAAUAAUAAGGCCAGCUGCGUGCUGACAGCUGCGCCCAGUGUAGCCACGGCCACGGGAAGCACGCCGCUCACAAACGCCCAGCCUCCUGUCAGUGUGAGCGCGAGUCCGGCGGUGUCAAUCAAAGCCGAGUCACCGCAGACCGUGAUCCAGAGCGCGGCCCAUACCGGAUCUCCGCAGGUCUCCCCCGGGGCAGCCAAAGGCGCUGGGCUGAUGCAUGCGACGGCGGCGGUGAGAGGCGGAGCCCCGGUGACAGGAGGCGGGGCCACGGUGGCAGCAGCCGCGGCGGGGGGCGUGAGGACCAUCGCGCCGCAACAGGUGCUCGCGCCCCGCCUCCCACAGAGCACCCCGGGCCAGCCGAGCAUCCACAACAUCCAACUUCCUCCAGGUAUGGUGCUGGUGCGAAGCGAAGCCGGACAGUUGCUAAUGAUCCCUCAGCAAGUGUUGGCUCAUAUGCAGGCCACACGCGCUGCCACUCCCGCCAGCACCACGCCCGGACAGGUCACUUCCACACAGACCCCUGGUGCUCCCAUCAUGGCCAGACCAGUGACUCCCACCAUCAUCAAGCAGGGCUCACCCACAACCAGCAGCACCACUGCUCCCACACUGCAGAGGCCACCCAUGCAGGUGCAAUCGGUGGGCUCUGUGUUGGCAGUGCAGCCGGGCACCGCCCAGAGGAUGGUAACUCCCACUACUGGGACCAGUGUCGCCUUGGCAACGGAAACCAUGGAGAACGUGAAGAAGUGUAAGAACUUCCUGUCCACGCUGAUCAAGCUGGCCACCAGCGCGAAGCAGUCAUCGCAAACGGCUGCUAACGUCAAAGAUCUGGUUAAGAACUUGCUGGAAGGGACGAUUGAAGCGGAGGACUUCACUAGCAGGUUAUACAAGGAGCUUAACUCUUCACCCCAGCCUUAUCUCGUGCCUUUCCUAAAGAGGAGUCUUCCUGCUCUGAGAAAACUCACCCCGGACUCCCUGGCCUUCAUCCAGCAGAGCCAAGGCCUGCAGCCCACCAAACCUGCAGCCACCGUGGUGCUGACCAACACUACGACAGCUAACGCUGCCACUGUUGCUACCGCAACUCCUGCUACAUCUGUACCUUCUGCAACUCCUUCAAUUUCCGCAGGCACUGCAGCAACCGCUGCAUCUGCUGCAGCUGCCACGGCCCCGCGCACACUCACCCAGCCCGCUCUCGCCACCACCAGCCAGCCUGCCUCACUGGUGUUGCAGUCUCAGCAGCAAGGUGCGAUCGUGAAGUCCCCCCAGGUUACCCUGGCUACUCCCAUGGUAACGCUCAGGGGUCAGCCGCACAGCCGCAUCGUAGUGGGGCAAACUCAAGUGCAGGUCAAACAGAUUAACACAGUGUCUGUGAAGCCCGGGAUGGUGAGUGGAGCGAAGGUCUCUCCCAGCCCUGUGGCUCUUAACGCAGCUCAGAAGAACAAGCUGAAGGAUGCCUCUGGGGGGACGUUCAAGGAUGAUGACGAUAUCAACGAUGUAGCCUCCAUGGCCGGUGUGAAUCUGUCGGAGGAGAGCGCACGAAUCCUGGCCACCAACUCGGAGUUAGUGGGGGCCGUGACUCGCUCGUGCAAGGAUGAAGCCUUUCUGUUCUCAGCCGCAUUGCAGCGCAGGAUACUGGACAUCGGUAAACGGUUUGGAGUGACAGACCUGGGCCCCGAGGUGGUAAACUUGGUGUCUCAUGCCACUCAGCAGAGACUGCAGAAUCUUUUAGAGAAAGUCACGGUCAUUGCACAGCAAAAGAACAUGAACUAUAAGGAGGAUGCACGGUUCGAGCAGGUGACUGAUGUUCGCGCGCAGCUCAAAUUCUUCGAACAGCUGGACCAGCUGGAAAAACAGAGGAAGGAAGAGCAGGAGAGGGAAAUUUUAAUGAAGGCAGCCAAGUCUCGGUCUCGGCAGGAGGACCCCGAGCAGUUGCGGUUGAAACAAAAGGCCAAAGAGAUGCAGCAGCAGGAGCUGGCUCAGAUAAGACAGAGAGAUGCGAACCUGACAGCGCUGGCUGCUAUCGGACCCAGGAAAAAGAGGAAACUUGACUCACCUGCUCUUGGCACUGAUGCGGAGGGUUCCGGGUCUUCAUCGAGCUCGUCUGUGGGUUUGAGUGGCGGCGCAUCACGGCAGUUCACCCGCCAACGCAUCACGCGUGUAAACCUCAGGGAUCUGCUCUUCUGCCUAGAGAAUGAGAGAGAAAGCAGCCGCUCACAGCUGCUCUACCGGGCUCUGCUCAAAUAGCAGCUUGAUUAGAGAGCAGUGCUCACAUGAACGUCUGAUUACGGAGCAGUGCGCACACAGCAGCAUAAUUACAGUGCAGCGCUCAGGUCGCAGCUCCAUUUCAGAGCAGUGCUCAAAUAGAAGGUGGAGUAGAGAGCACUACAGAGCAGCCUGAUUACAGAGCAGCGUUCAGACAGCAGCUGCUCUGUCGAGCUGAUGGGCUGCGUUUAAACAGCAGCGCCUCUGAUGGAUGCAGCUCAAACCGUGAGCAGCUCCGCUGGAUGCUGCUUUAAUAGUGAAUCCGCUACUGUGCACAGCUCGAGUAGCGGAAACCGUACGGCAGCGCUGCUCACAUAGCAACCUGGCUCUACUGCUCCGUCUCGCGUCCAGCCGUCGUCUUCUCUCUCCUCCCGGUGUGUCAUCUUCUCUUUGUCUUUCUUUCUCAUGCCAUCUUUGUAUCAAUUUCAUGCUUGUCCUUUGUUUCCUCUACACUCUUUUCUAACUUAGUCAUUCAAACGCCCACACACUUUCUCAAGGUCUCUUACUCCUGUCCGCCUUUGUUUCACGUUGUUUUUAGCUUCCUUGUGCUCUUGAUUUUAAUCUAAUGAAAAUGUGUCUAAAGAAAUUUGCAGUUAUAUAUCCAAUGUUUUUCUUAGAGGGUGGCUUUGUAAUGUGCAAAUUGCCGAUGUAAAAAAAAAAAAAAGAGAAUACACAAUGAAACUGCCCAUUCAUUUUGUAUUUGUGUUUUUAUAAAAGAGGUUUUAAGAAAUAAAAAUCAAGAAUGUUUCUAUAAAACACCAG